CAUUUUUAACACUUAAUUAUAAAAAUCACUAUCUCCUUAAAAGUAAUAAAAAUCAAUAACAAUGAAAUUUUCAUAUCCUCUAUCCAAACGAUUUUUUUUGCCUAUUUUGUCCAUACAAUUCCUCAUCAUACAUAGUGUCUCAUCAUUAAACCUUACCAAUGAGUAUCUCAACCACAAAUGCCUUCUUAAUCAAGGAAAAUAUAAGCUUGGAAGUAAGUACGAGAAAAACCUCAACAUGAUCUUUGAUGACAUUCGUACUAGUCAUGAUGAUAUAACCGGUUACUCACACUCAAGUGUUGGAAGAACGACAGCCGAUUUUGUUGUCGUCGUUACCCAGUGUCGUGGUGACUCUUAUGGGUCUAAAUGCCGUACAUGCAUUGACACCGCAAUUACAGGGUUUCGUAAGAGAUGUCCGAGUAACAAAGGAGGAAUAAUAUGGUACGAUCAAUGUCUUCUCUAUAUUAGUACGAUUGAAGAAAAAAAUCCAGUCUCGACUAACUAUAAGAAUACUUUUUCUAUGUACAACCCAAAUAACGUGAGGGGGGAUGCAAAACUGUUUGCCAUGAGGGUGAUGGAUUUUUUCUCUGAACUAACACUUAAAGUCCACAAAUCCGCCAAGCAUAGUCGUAUCAUAUUUUACGCGGCAGGAGAAAAGAAGCUCGGAAAAAAUAAAUUAUAUGCAAUGGUGCAAUGUUUAGAACAUAUAAUGGAUUGUAAAAGUUGUUUGACAUGGAGUAUCUCAAAGCUUUUCGAAAACAACAACAUUAAACAAGGAGGGAGAGUUUUGGGUACGGAGUGUGAUGUAAGGUAUGAGCUAUACCCUUUUGUUAGGAGUUGAAACAUUUUUAACUUAUGUUUUAGUUAUAUUUGCUUUUUUUGUUGCUGGAAUGUAAUAUCCAUAAAUAAAAAGAGUAUUUACAGAAA